UUUCCUCUUUGUCAUUUGUCAGAGAAGAGAGGUUAAAAAACUACUAUGGGAAGAACUCGGGGGUUGAAUAUCGUUUUGUAGGUCCUACCUUUUCAAAAACCCCCGACGUUCAACCAAUCACCGUCUAGAAAUCACUGGGCUCCACAUCCCAACGAACAACCAAUCACAACAAAAUCAAAGAAACUACAUAAAAAUCACAUUUUUGGUCCCCUGAAUUUUCGGAUCAAGGGGGACGCAGAGAGGAGGGGGCUAUGAUCCUGUACGGCGGGGGAGCACCCAAUGACGGUGUACCAGACGGAGGAGAGGGAGGGGUGGUUCUAAAAAAGGGGCCGUGGACGGCGGCGGAGGACGAGACACUGGCGGCUUACGUGAGGGAAUACGGAGAAGGCAACUGGAACGCCGUUCAGAAGAAGACUUGGCUGGCUCGGUGCGGCAAGAGCUGCCGUCUCCGAUGGGCUAACCAUCUCCGACCUAAUCUCAGGAAAGGCUCCUUCACCGCCGACGAGGAACGUCUCAUCAUCCAACUCCAUUCUCAGCUCGGCAACAAAUGGGCUCGCAUGGCUGCUCAGUUACCGGGAAGAACUGAUAACGAGAUCAAGAACUUCUGGAACACGAGGUUGAAACGAUUCCAACGCCAAGGCCUUCCUCUCUACCCUCCAGAUAUUACCCAAAACUACCAUCAUCAACAGCCCUACACGCCCUCCUCCGAUCUCCCUGUCUUCGCCUUCCCUCAACCCCCACCACCUCUUCUCCAACCUCCUACUCUGCGUCCCAAGCGAUGUUACGAAACUGCUUUCAGUUGCCUCUCUACCAAGCCCUCUUAUGCUUCUUCUCCAACCAAUUUCCUUGUCUCUUCCCCGACCUUUCUUCACACCAAUUCAUAUCCUCCUUCCUCUUAUCAGUGUACCAAUCCGGUUUACUCUGUGAAACCGGAGCUCCCUUCAAACCAAAUUCCCUACUCUGCCUCUUUAGGAGUCUCUCAAGUAAGCAACUUCUCAGACAAUGGCAACCACAAUCUCGACUCUGGUUUGCAGAUAAGUACCUGCCAGCUUUUGGAGGAUUUGAUGGAAGAGGCCGAGGCCUUAGCCGAUAGCUAUCGAGCUCCUAAGCGGAGACAUCUUGAGGCUACCCCCGAGGACAAUGACACUAACAACAACUUCUUUUCGGGUAGUUUCCGACAUUGUGGUUCUUCUAACAGUCAAUGUUCCCUGCAAGGUUUAAAACCGAAGGAAGAAGAUUCUCUCCAGAUGAACACGAUGCAAGAUGAGGACAUAGCAAAACUUCUUGACUGGGGAAGCGAAAGCGGUGAGAUCUCAAACGGGCAAUCCUCUGUGAUAACAACAGAGGAAAACCUCGUCCUUGACAGUCACCAGUUUGCUUUGCUGUUUCCAGCUGAUGAGGACAACAACAACAACACUAACAAGAACCCCAGAGUGUCCUGCUCAUGGGACAACUUGCCAGAGAUCUGCUAGAGAAAGGGUAACUAGUGAAAGCAUGUUCCUGAUUGUACAAUUAAGAUCCUGAAUUAUA